AUGAAAGUCCCCUAUUUCCUCCUCCUAGUCCUCCUCGUUCUCCCGGCCACCCUCGCUGUGAAAUACAAGGCGAUGAACGACGCGAAAAGCUACCCGGGAGGGAAGCGGUUCGAGAAGGAGAUCGGAAUCCCAUACACACUAGAGAUCAUGAAAGACAUCAACCACUUCAUCUGGGACAUAUUCCAGCAAUACAACCAAUCCGACCGGAAACAAGUCGAAGUAGCCACGGUUUUUAUCCGACAAUACGACGGCGCGGAGGCUAUAACCUAUGGCGAGCAAGUCAACGUCAGCGCCCUCUUCUUACAAGGCUACCAAGGCAACCUGAAAUGGGAGUACACCUCUAUCCUCCACCACGAGCUCACGCACGUUUUCCAGUGGGACGGCGAGGGGAAGGCGCCGGUGGGGCUGGUCGAGGGGGUGGCCGAUUACAUGAAACUGGUGUCGAACUAUAAUCAAAAGGGAUUCGCGUCGCGGGGGAUGGGGGAGAGGUGGGACCAAGGGUAUGACUUCACGGCGAGGUUUUUGGAGUAUUGUGAAGAGCUGAGGUCAGGGUUUGUAGCAGCGUUGAAUAAGAAGAUGAGGCAUAACUUUUCUGAGAAUUUCUUUGUGGAGUUGAUGGGGAAGCCCGUGGCGCAGCUUUGGUUAGAGUAUAAGGCUAAAUAUGGAAAUAUCAAAUAA